UUCUCUAUAAAUUGGCAGACAAGAGUGUGUUGUGGUUCUGCUUUGAUAUUUGUUUCUCUUUUACUUCUUCCCCAUCUCUCUCUCUGAAAACAGCUUCUACUUCCAUCUUUCGUUGCAUUCACGUUUCUUGAGGUUCUCUGAAUCACCCCAUCAAACAUCUUUUGAACAAGUUUUCACUAUAGUCAACAAACAUCGAUGGCCGUUGAAGCUCACCAUCUAAACACUCUGUUUUCUUCCAACAGAGAAAUGAUCCACCCUAUUGAAGCAGACGGCUUAGUUUAUAACACCCAGAUGAGAUACAGCACUGUUCCGACGUUUAGCCCGGCCGUGGAAUGUCAAACUUCUCUGUUUAAUCCUCCUUUAUACAACAUCGCACCUGUUGAUGGUUUGGUUCAUAAGUCCAUGAAACCGACGAUGCAAUCCGUUGACAGUUCGGUCACAUUCAACAGCGAGAAUAAUGCUAAUAACGUCGAUUUCCUCCGUCCUGUGUCGUCGAGAAAACGUUCCAGAGAAGAAUCAGUUGUUUUGAAUACUCCGGCUUAUAUGCAAAGCCACAAAAGCACCACCGAUCCUCUCAUGUUUCUUGGCCAAGACUUGUCUUCUAACGUCCAACAACAUCACUUCGAUAUCGAUCGUUUGAUAUCUACUCACGUUGAGAGAAUGAGAAUUGAGAUUGAAGAGAAGAGAAAAACGCAAGGGAGGAGGAUAGUGGAAGCAGUUGAACAAGGGUUAAUGAAGACACUGAGGGCCAAAGACGAAGAGAUCAAUCACAUCGGGAAGCUAAACCUCUUUCUAGAAGAGAAGGUCAAGUCUUUGUGCGUUGAGAAUCAGAUAUGGCGUGACGUGGCACAGUCUAAUGAAGCCACCGUAAACGCACUCCGUUCAAACUUGCAACAAGUUCUCGCCGCCGUGGAGCGUAACAGGUGGGAGGAGCCACCGGCAGUGGCUGACGACGCACAGUCUUGUUGCGGGAGCAGUGACGAGAAUGAUAGCGAGGAAGAGAGGUGGAAGUUAGCGGGAGAGGCGCAGGAUACGAAAAGGAUGCGUAGGGAAGCGACGACUCUGUGUAGAAACUGCGGAAAAGGAGAAGCAAGUGUGUUACUGUUACCGUGUAGACACAUGUGUCUAUGCACUAUGUGCGGUUCUUCAAUCAACACUUGUCCAGUCUGUAAAUCUCCUAAGAACGCUAGUCUUCAUGUUAAUCUUUCCUCUUAGCGGGAUCUAACCCAAUAUCAUCACCUAGUAAAGUUGUAAAUGUCCUUAAAAACAAAAGUAAAUAGUUGAAAAAAGAAAGAAUCUAUCCAUCUUUUUGGUUGAUAAAAGAACUGUUCAUUUUUAAAAUA